UCCAAGGAUCAUUGAGUCCAUUAAGCACCGAUUCGGGCAGAUUUAUUCAGGGUCAAUUUUUGGCAGAUUCCAAAGGGGUACCAUCACAGAUUUCGGGUGAUUUAUUCGAAAUGCCAUUUUCUUUCGAUUCUGGAGGCUACAGAUCACGGAAUCAGGCCGAGGCUAUUCUCCACCGACAAUGAACUCUAUUGAUCCUAUUCUCCACAGAUGAUAAGUCUGUUAAGCAUCGAUUUGGGCCAAUUUAUUUUCGGAUGGCAUUUUCGUAAUUUCUUGGGCGACGAAAGGCCAUUUUCUUUGGAUAUUGAAUGCUACAGAUCACGGAUUAGGUCUGAGGCUAUUCUCCAACGAUGAUUGAGUCCAUUAAGCACCAAUUUGGGCGGAUUUAUUCCGGGUCAAUUUUUGGCAGAUUCCAAAGGGGUACCAUCACAGAUUUCCGGCGAUUUAUCUGAAAUGCCAAUUUCUUUCGAUUCUGGAGGCUACAGAUCACAGAAUCAGGCCGAGGCUAUUCUCCAACGAUAAUGAAGUCUAUUGAUCCUAUUCUCCAUGGAUGAUAAGUCCGUUAAGCAUCGAUUCGGGCCUAUUUAUUUUCGAAUGGCAUUUUCGUAAUUUCUUGGGCGACAAAAGGCCAUUUUCUUUGGAUAUUGAAGGCUACAGAUCACGGAUUCGGCAUGAGGCUAUUCUCCAAGGAUCAUUGAGUCCAUUAAGCGCCGAUUCGACCAGAUUUAUUCUGGGUCAAUUUUUGGCAGAUUCCAAAGGGGUACCAUGACAGAUUUCGGGCGAUUUAUCCGAAAUGGCAUUUUCUUUCUAUUGUGGAGGCUACAGAUCACGGAAUCAGGCCGAGGCUAUUCUCCACCGAUAAUGAAGUCUAUUGAUCCUAUUCUCCACAGAUGAUAAGUCCGUUAAGCAUCGAUUUGGGGCUAUUUAUUUUCAGAUGACAUUUCCGUAAUUUCUUGGGCGACGAAAGGCCAUUUUCUUUGGAUAUUGAAGGCUACAGAUCACGGAAUCGGCCUGAGGCUAUUCUCCAAGGAUCAUUGAGUCCAUUAAGCACCGAUUCGGGCAGAUUUAUUCAGGGUCAAUUUUUGGCAGAUUCCAAAGGGGUAUCAUCACAGAUUUCGGGCGAUUUAUUCGAAAUGCCAUUUUCUUUCGAUUCUGGAGGCUACAGAUCACGGAAUCAGGCCGAGGCUAUUCUCCACCGAUAAUGAAGUCUAUUGAUCCCAUUCUCCACAGAUGAUAAGUCCGUUAAGCAUCGAUUUGGGCCAAUUUAUUUUUUGGAUGGCAUUUUCGUAAUUUCUUGGGCGACGAAAGGCCAUUUUCUUUGGAUAUUGAAGGCUACAGAUCAAGGAUUCGGCCUGAGGCUAUUCUCCAACGAUGAUUGAGUCCAUUAAGCACCUAUUUGGGCAUAUUUAUUCCGGGUCAAUUUUUGGCAGAUUCCAAAGGGGUACCAUUACUGAUUUCGGGCGAUUUAUCCGAAAUCCCAUUUUCUUUCGAUUCUGGAGGCUACAGAUCACGGAAUCAGGCCGAGGCUAUUCUCCACCGAUAAUGAACUCUAUUGAUCCUAUUCUCCACAGAUGAUAAGUCCGUUAAGCAUCGAUUUGGGCCAAUUUAUUUUUCGGAUGGCAUUUUCGUAAUUUUUUGGGCGACGAAAGGCCAUUUUCUUUGGAUAUUGAAGGCUACAAAUCACGGAUUCGGCCUGAGGCUAUUCUCCAACGAUGAUUGAGUUCAUUAAGCACCUAUUUGGGCCGAUUUAUUCCGGGUCAAUUUUUGGCAGAUUCCAAAGGGGUACCAUCACUGAUUUCGGCCGAUUUAUCGGAAAUGCCAUUUUCUUUCGAUUCUGGAGGCUACAGAUCACGGAAUCAGGCCGAGGAUAUUCUCCACCGAUGAUGAAGUCUAUUGAUCCUAUUCUCCACGGAUGAUAAGUCCGUUAAGCAUCGAUUUGGGCCUUUUAUUUUUGGAUGGCAUUUUCGUAAUUUCUUGGACAACGAAAGGCCAUUUUCUUUGGAUAUUGAAGGCUACAGAUCACGGAUUCGGCCUGAGGCUAUUCUCCAACGAUGAUUGAGUCCAUUAAAUACAGAUUUGGGGGGAUUUAUUCCGUGUCAAUUUUUUGCAGAUUCCAAAGGGGUACCAUCACAGAUUUCGGGCGAUUUAUCCGAAAUCCCAUUUUCUUUCGAUUCUGGAGGCUACAGAUCACGGAAUCAGGCCGAGGCUAUUCUCCACCGAUAAUAAAGUCUAUUGAUCCUAUUUUCCACAGAUGAUAAGUCCGUUAAGCAUCGAUUUGGGGCUAUUUAUUUUCAGAUGACAUUUCCGUAAUUUCUUGGGCGACGAAAGGCCAUUUUCUUUGGAUAUUGAAGGCUACAGAUCACGGAAUCGGCCUGAGGCUAUUCUCCAAGGAUCAUUGAGUCCAUUAAGCACCGAUUCGGGCAGAUUUAUUCAGGGUCAAUUUUUAGCAGAUUCCAAAGGGGUACCAUCACAGAUUUCGGGUGAUUUAUUCGAAAUGCCAUUUUAUUUCGAUUCUGGAGGCUACAGAUCACGGAAUCAGGCCGAGGCUAUUCUCCACCGAUAAUGAACUCUAUUGAUCCUAUUCUCCACAGAUGAUAAGUCUGUUAAGCAUCGAUUUGGGCCAAUUUAUUUUCGGAUGGCAUUUUCGUAAUUUCUUGGGCGACGAAAGGCCAUUUUCUUUGGAUAUUGAAGGCUACAGAUCACGGAUUCGCCCUGAGGCUAUUCUCCAACGGUUAUUGAGUCCAUUAAGCACCGAUUUAAGCGGAUUUAUUCCAGGUCAAUUUUUGGCAGAUUCCAAAGGGGUACCAUCACAGAUUUCGGGCGAUUAAUCCGAAAUGCCAUUUUCUUUCUAUUCUGUAGGCUACUGAUCACAGAAUUAGGCCGAGUCUAUUCUCCAUCGAUAAUGAAGUCUAUUGAUCCUAUUCUCCACAGAUGAUAAGUCCGUUAAGCAUCUAUUUGGGCCAAUUUAUUUUUCGGAUGGCAUUUUCGUAAUUUCUUGGGCGACGAAAGGCCAUUUUCUUUGGAUAUUGAAUGCUACAGAUCACGGAUUAGGUCUGAGGCUAUUCUCCAACGAUGAUUGACUCCAUUAAGCACCGAUUUGGGCGGAUUUAUUCCGGGUCAAUUUUUGGCAGAUUCCAAAGGGGUACCAUCACAGAUUUCCGGCGAUAUAUCUGAAAUGCCAAUUUCUUUCUAUUCUGGAGGCUACAGAUCACGGAACCAGGCCGAGGCUAUUUUCCACCGAUAAUGAAGUCUAUUGAUCCUAUUCUCCACAGAUGAUAAGUCCGUUAAGCAUCGAUUUGGGGCUAUUUAUUUUCGGAUGGCAUUUUCGUAAUUUCUUGGGCGACGAAAGACCAUUUUCUUUGGAUAUUGAAGGCUACAGAUCACGGAUUCGGCCUGAGGCUAUUCUCCAACGAUGAUUGAGUCCAUUAAGCACCGAUUUGGGUGGAUUUCUUCCGGGUCAAUUUUUUGCAGAUUCCAAAGGGGUACCAUCACAGAUUUCCGGCGAUUUAUCUGAAAUGCCAAUUUCUUUCUAUUCUGGAGGCUACAGAUCACGGAACCAGGCCGAGGCUAUUUUUCACCGAUAAUGAAGUCUAUUGAUCCUA